GCCAAAUUUGUAUUUUUAGCGACUAAUAUUUUAGUCGCCGUUGAUUAAGAUUUGACGACUAAAAAAGUUUGUCGGCGUAGGUACUUUUUCUGCGACUAAUUUGAUCUUUUGGUCGCCAAAAGUUUGUGGAGGGAAAUUUGAAACAUAGAGGGGGGAAAUGGGUUAUGUUGGCCACGUCUCCCAUGUCUCCCUCUAUUCUACCUUUAUCUCUCUCUUCUCACCUCCCCACUUGCCCACGUCUCCCCCUCCCUUCUAUCUUUAUCCCUCUCCCUUCUCUGUUCUCACCCACCCCAUUCCGUCUUUAUCUCUCUCACCCUCCCGUUCUUCUUCUUCUAUACCCAGUGCGCCAAGUUCCCUCUCCCUCCCGUUCUUCUUCUUCAUCGCAAGAUUUCGGCUUCAAAGGCUUGCGGAGAAAGCAGAAAACAGAACGAUCUAUUUUCAGAUUUUCCCUCUGUCGAUCGAAAUCACACUUUGCUACUCCUUGGCAUCAGCGGUAUUCUUAAAGAUAUACUAUCAGGUUCAGGCCUUGGGGGCUUUACUGGGACCAGGACGAGGUCAGUUGGACUUGGCAAUCUUGUAAUUUUGUUGGUUUAUUAGUUUUGUCUUCUCUUCUGUAAACUUUAUGAGUGAGUAUUUUUAAUUUUGCUUCACUUUUGAUCUUUUAAGUUUUGUGUUAGUACCUGUGUUCUGCAUAUUUUUUUCAAAGUUGUUUUGUUUUAAGUUUUAUAUUGUUAACUUUAGCAUUACUAGACUGAUUACAACUAGCUUCUAAAAUGUGUAGCCAUGUACCAGUUCUCAGCCAGUAGCAGCCCAAGAACAUUUUAGGCAUAAAGGCCAAACGUCAAAAUGAGGUUAUCUUACUAAGCCUUUAGACGAUUGGGACUUUUGGAAAUCAGAAAGUUUCUUGAAAUUAUUUGGUAGGCCUUAUACAAUAGGCCAAGUGGCCUAAAGGUUAAGCUGCCUAUGAGUUCAAUAAAAAGUUUAAUAAAAAUUUUAAAUACAAAUUAAUAUUUUAAUUUAAACUUUUACUAAUGAAUUUGAUAAAUUAUAUUUUAACUUAAACAAACUGCCAUUGUACGAUAUCUUAAAUUGAUUUAUUAUAAUUGAUUUCUAUAACAGUGAAAUUAUUAUCAUUUUGAACUGAUUUUUUUGUAAAGGAUGUGAUACCAAUAUUAAUAAUUUAUGUUAAUUGAUUUAUUUUAAAAUGUGU